CCAAUAUAGGCCUCUCUCUCUCUCUCUCUCUUCCAAGAAUAGAAAGCAGAUAUAAUGGAGGAUCCUUUUCACAAGGAAGCUGAGCAAAGUCAUCUUCAGAGUGAAUUAGACCACAAUGCAUCAAGCUAUGAUCAACACCAACAACAGACACCACCAAACACAACUGCAAAUAAUGGUCCACCUGACCAACUUCCGGCUCAGCCAUCGGAACCUCAGCGUUCAGUGCCGGAACAACCAAUUCAAUACCAAUUUCAAGCUAACUACCAAACUCAACCUCAACCUCAACAAAACCCACAAGCCAAUUUCAUGUCGCAAAAUGGGCCGAAUCAAAGCCCACAACCUCAGUAUUAUCAACCUCAGAUGGUUCAGGUCCCUCCAGCCCAAUAUCAGCACCAGGUGCACCAAUAUCAGCAACAACCCAAUCCAAUGUACCAAAACCAAUAUCAGCAACAACCCAAUCCAGUGUACCAAAAUGGGGCCCAUCAGCCCAUAACUUACACUCAAAGCCCACAAACAGUCUACCCACCUCCGGUCCAAAAUAAUAUGGGCCCACCACCCGGGGUGUCUCAACAGCCACUAGCAGCUGCUAGCCAAACUGCCCCGUCGCCGGUGAAAUUCCACCAAGAGAACGGUGGAGCGGCGGCUUUCGGAGGAGGGAUGCCGGGAAAUUACCCAAAUGGAGCGGCUGCUCAACAAAAUGGGGCGGCGGCGCAAGGGUUUCCGAUGCAUAAUCAGUUCCAAACUCCGCAGCCCUCAUAUGGGCAGCAAGGGGGUUGGAGUACUGGGUUGUUCGACUGCAUGGAUGACCCAAUGAACGCUGCCAUUACUGCUAUUUGUCCAUGUGUUACGUUCGGCCAAGUCGCGGAGAUUGUAGACAACGGCACAACUUCUUGUUCGACCAGUGGACUGAUGUAUGGAUUGGUGGCAUUCUUUAUCGGAAUCCCAUGCAUAAUGUCGUGCACCUAUCGUACAAAGCUGAGGAACAAAUUUGGGUUGCUGGAGACGCCUGCACCCGAUUGGGUUACCCAUUUUCUUUGUGAUUGUUGUGCCAUAUGCCAAGAAUAUAGGGAGCUUCAAAUUAGAGGCUUUGACCCUUCUAUAGGAUGGCAAGGCAAUCUUGCAAAAAUGCAGGGGAACCAGCAUCAGCAACAGAUGAUGCCGCCAAUGAAUCAACGAAUGAUGUCUUAAUUAAGAUGAUUUAAUUUAUCAAAAAUUUAAAAUAAAUAUUUGUGUAUGUGUGUUUAUCUUCCUUGCCAUUUUCCAUUCACCAAUAUUGUAAUUGUUGUCUGUUUUUUUUUUAAAGAAUUUGCUUUAAAAGUUCCUUUAUAUCAUUUGAUUUUCUUUUUAAUUUUUAAGGGUAACAUUUAUUUAUUGGAAUUGGGGUAUACAUUCGUCAUGAAAAAAAUGCAAACAAUAAUUAUAUAUGCAAAGCAAUGCAACAGGCAAAUCCAAUUCUACUAUCUUAACUCAUACAUAAAAGAGUUUAUAUCGUUUUGGAUCUUUGAUUUGUCUCAUUACCUGUUUGGACUCCGUGUUUUAACAAAUUAUGUUUUAGACUAUGUGUUUUGUAAAAUA